UGUACCUACUAUGUUCAUUGUAAUUGUAUGAUAAGCCUUUCAGGUUUCAGCUGUGCCUGAGGGUCAAAAUUGAUCAAGUUUCUCGACUUCAUUAACAGAAAAGAAAUUGAGACUUGAGAGAAACAACCAAUUUAAUAAUGGACAAUAUAAAAGAAAUGGUGGUUGAACCUCUUACACAAGCAAAGUUUGUGAAACCAUUUCUCCUGCGGUACAAACAGAAUAAUGUUCCUAAGGUGUGGGAGUGCAUCAGCGUGCAUCCUAGUGUUGCUGUCAUCAUCUUCAAUGUAGACCGGAAGAAAUUAGUGUUUGUCAAGCAAUUCAGACCUGCUGUGUAUUUCAGUACACAUCCUCGGGAAGAUCGGGAACUCAUUGUCUCAAAAGAAGACCCUAAAAUGGCAAGCUCAGCUGGAGAGACUGCCUCGCUCAAUAAUUGUACUUCUAGUAGCAGUAAAUGCACUCAAACUCAACGCAGUCCUGCGUGCAAGAGACUCCCAGACCUGCCUGGAGCAUGUGGAAUAACUCUUGAGAUGUGUGCUGGCAUUGCUGAUAAAAAUGUCGACCUCAGGCAAGUUGCAAAGGAAGAAGUUCUUGAAGAAUGUGGAUAUGAAGUCAAGUUGGAGGACUUGGAAGAAGUUAUUUCCUACAGAUCAUCAGUUGGAGCCGCAGGUGACAGGCAGACAAUGUUCUUCACUGAGGUGACGGAUGCCAGUAAAGUUGCUGCUGGUGGGGGACUGGCGGCAGAAGGGGAGCUUAUCGAGGUCGUCGAGAUGUCCAUUGAAGAAGCUCGCCAGCUGCUGAAACAAAAAGCGGUGCAGUCUCCUGGCGAAUUUCUCUUUGGUCUCAUGUGGUUCCUCGCUAACAAAGCUUCUAUUUAUGAGGAACAUUAACUAUAGACAAAGAACUAGGAAAU